AUGUCCACCCAACCUCUACUUCAGCGUACAGCGGCUAAGCGCAUCGCCCUUCCCGUUCGUGUCGAGCCCAAAGUUUCUUUUGCCAACGAGCGCACUUUCCUCUCGUGGUUACACUUCACCGUGGUACUGGGAGGCUUGGCAGUUGGACUACUCAACUUCGGCGAUAAUGUCGGAAAAGUCAGCGCAGCCAUGUUUUCGGUUAUCGCAAUGGGCAUUAUGGUCUACGCCCUUUACACAUAUCACUGGAGGGCUGCGUCAAUUCGGAGUGGGGGAAGAGGUCCUUACGAUGACCGUUUAGGGCCGACGGUGCUAUGCAUUUCGCUACUAGUUGCCAUCGUCGUCAACUUCGUACUGCGGUUUACUCAAAGCUAA